AUGGCACAGAGCACCGAUCUGAAGCCGGCGGCGGCCACAGCAGACGAGCCAGCAGCCGUGGAGGAGAGCAACCGACCGCUGAGCACGGCCCAAUAUAGCGUCUUGCGCGCUCGACUCGACCUGGGAGACGGCCAGACAGACGAGGGCGAGGGCGAGGACAUUGGACGGCGUCGACUCGGAGGGCUGCUGGCCAAGAAGCGAGCAUCGCCUGGUGAUGCUACGGCGAUCGGGGCAACGGCAACGGCGACCGUACCGCAAGUCCCUGCCUUCCGACCAAGCGACCCCAACGACGGCUUGGGAAUGCAGGCCCUCGACGAUGCAGACACCACAGCAGACGGCAAGACCACAUUGAGACCACACGAACUGCUUCUACCGCUGGGUGGCCAGGCAGCUGCUGGCCCGACGACCAACCGGCGGGCUCGACAGCUGAUGGUGGCCCCCAAAGCGGCGAUGCGCGGGAAACCAGGCGGGAAGAUGGUCGGAUGGCAGAACGGAAAGACGGGCGGGACAGCAGGCGGGCCAAACGGACGGCCAAACGGAAGUGGUGGCCGUGGCUACGAGAGCAGCAGCGAUGACGAAGCCGGACGCAGCUCGUUGGGACGGAAAAAGGUCAGAAAGGGCUGA